AGUUUUUCCUCACCACCAUUUCCUUCCUAGGGCACGUGGUGACAUACAAGGGACUCCAACCGGAGCCGCAGAAGGUGGCAGCUGUCACGCGCUGAUGCCUACGACCAUCACGCAAGUUCGCGCUUUUCUGGGCCUAGCCUCGUACUACCGAAGAUUUAUCAAGGGUUUCGCGGCGAUCGCGGGACCCCUCACAAAUCUGUUGCACAAGGAUCAGCCGUUGAUCUGGACGCCGGAAUGCGAUCAACCAUUUUCCAUACUCAAGGCCGCUCUCAUUUCGGCUCCGGUCCUUAUAAGACCGUAUCCCGAAAAACCUUUUGUUCUCAUCACUAACUGGCAGCCAGAGGCGAUUUCGACGAUCCUUGCCCAGGUGGGACCAAGCAGACUCGAGAGUGUGGUGGAGUAUGCGUCCAAAUCAGUGACCGCCUGCGAGCACAACUACGCCGCUCCAACAGGUGAAUGCUAUGCGGCUCUCUGGGGAAUCAGUCACUUUCGUGCUUACCUGUACGGGCGAAAGUUCACCCUGGUGACUGAUCAUGAGCCCCUGUUGGCUCUGAAGAAGUCGAAGGAUUACUCGGGCAUGAUCGGGCGAUGGGCAACGGUGCUGCAAAGCAUGGACUUUGACAUUCGUCAUCGGAAGCGCGAGAGACACGGGAAUGCAGACGGACUGACACGGUUGCACCGGCCUGAGAAGGUUCCAAAGGGUGAGGAGGUGACGUGGAUGGGCACUAGCGAGCAUCCCACGUGGAUCGAAAAUCCGGAGCUGCUGAUCAUACAGGCUUGGAGGACUAACGUAGAAGGAGAUCUUCUUGGCUUUCUCUUCGGAUCGGUACGGCCGGGUCGACGCCAUCUGAUUGCGCAGGAGAUUAUCGCACCGAUCGUGCAAUUGGCGGACGAUCUCUCGCCCGACAUCUAUUUUCAGAGUGACGACAAUCCUGCUCCGUACAUUUUCGAGCGAUCAUUGGACCCGUACCUUCAGUGGACUGCGUGCUUGGAGGAACCUAGGGACGAGGAUACGCUACCGUCGCGACAGGAGUACUUGAAGCCGUACGAGAUCAUCCCUCACGCCCUCUAUCCGAGGGUAGAGGAAGUAGUGAUCGACGACGACGAAGAAGAAGACGAAGACGAAGAAACAUCGGAGGAGGGAAGCUAUAGUGAGCAUAGCGAGGGCGAGCUGAGCCAAGGAGAAGAGGAGGAAGAGGAAACUGGAUAUGAGUGGGAAGCCUUGCCGGAGGAAGCGACGCGUACAGGAACGGAGGCAGACGAUCCGGAAGCGGUGCGAAAGCGCGAAGAAAUUGCCACCGGGAAGCGCCAGCUGGAGUUCGCCAGCCAAGCUAGACAGUGCAUCGGCAACGAUCCGACCAGGGAUCCAGAGCUGCCGAAGCCCGAAGAUGGCGACCCUGCAGCCGCCACCUCAAGUACCGCGUGACGGAGACGGAGCCGAUCCCCCUC